AGACGAGUUAGAAGAUAAUGCCAUUAAGAUAGUAACAAAUUUUGCAACACAAUGAAGACUGAAAAAUUUAUAAAUUGUAAGACAGAUCAACUACUAAAGGGUACUGCUACAAUUUUUAGUGCACUUUUGUGAGAAUAUCCUGUUUUAAACUGUUGUUUUUUCAAUACUCCUGAAUAGUCAAAACUAAAAAGUGUAAAUAAAUCAAAUAUAAUAAUAUAUUCAUUGUAAAUGAAUUUAAAAUCAUGUGUUUGUGUCAUUAUCCUUGAAUAUGACUCACACCAAUGCUCAAUACAAGGAUUCUCCCCUGCUUAGAUUUUUUUUUUAAAUUUAAUUUGUAAUUAGCAAAGUCAAAAGAGGAAACCAUCCAUGUUAAUGUUUGAAGCCUUUAUUGUUGUUAUUUGACAACUUCCCCUUUUCACACUAUUUUUAGUAUCCCUUUUAAGACAUGGUCUGUUGAGAGAGUUCCAAAUCAAUAUUCAUCUGACAUUUGUCAUUUUUUGGACAGCCUUGAUUGUCCUCAGUGAUUGUCCAUUUCCAGGACUUUCUAGAUCACCUUAUACCUCACUGUCUCCACACUCUAAAUCCAAACCAUAUAAAUGUAAUCUCAACCUCCUUCUCCAACACCUUUCUUUCUACUUACCAAAGCAUUCCUUGAACAGCUCAUAGCUAGCUCCUUAUCUUUAACAUACACAACAACUAGGUGCAACAAUGAUUGACUCAAACCCACCACUCUUGAACCAUUAUGGAGCACUUUUGAAGAAUUCAGCUGAACCCCAAAAGGCUAAAAGUUUCAAAGGUCAAGAUAAUUCUGUGGUGGAUGCAUGUGAACUACCAUUGAUAGAUCUUAAUGGUCUUAAAAGUUCUAAUGUAAGAGAAAGGUUGGCUUGCACUGAAGCAAUAUGCAAGGCAGCAUCAGAAUGGGGAUUUUUCCAAGUGAUAAACCAUGGAAUAAACCCUGAACUACUAAGAAAUAUGAGAGAGGAGCAAAUGAAGUUGUUUAAGGUACCCUUUGAGAAGAAGGUCACUUGUGGACUCUUAAAUAACCCAUACAGGUGGGGGACACCAACAGCUACUCGUUCAAAUCAGUUCUCAUGGUCAGAAGCAUUCCACAUUCCUCUCACCAUGAUUUCAGAAGCAGCUUGCUGGGGUGAAUUCAGUACUUUAAGAGAAGCAAUAAAUAAGUUUACACCAGCUAUGCUAGAAGUGUCUAGGCUACUGGCUGGCAUUCUAGCAGAAAACUUGGGCCACCCAACAGAUGCUGUUGAAAAACUCUGUGAUGCCAGCACAUGCUUUCUGAGGUUGAAUCACUAUCCGUCCUGCCCAAAAUCUAAAGAAGAAAUUUUUGGAUUAGUACCUCACACUGACAGUGAUUUCCUCACAAUCCUUUAUCAAGAUCAAGUUGGUGGACUUCAACUCAUGAAAGAUUCCAAAUGGGUCGCUGUAAAACCAAAUCCAGAUGCUCUUAUUGUUAACAUUGGUGAUCUAUUCCAGGCCUGGAGUAAUGAUGAGUACAAAAGUGUGGAGCACAAGGUUGUGGCAAAUGACAAAGUGGAAAGAUACUCCAUUGCAUACUUCCUAUGCCCUUCUUACACUACUAUGAUAAGUGGCUGCAAGGAGCCUUCUAUAUAUCGGAAGUUCACAUUUGAAGAAUAUCGACACCAAAUUCAAGAAGAUGUCAAGAAAAUAGGACACAAAAUAGGACUGUCAAAAUUUCUACGUAAAGACGCAUACACAACGAUCGUUUAGUGCAUUGAUCAUUGUUCAACUCGAGGAAUCGAUAAAUAACACUAUAUUAAUACUAUUCUUUAUUUCUAAAUAAUUUUCUUUUUCACUUCAGAUACAAUAUGUAAAAGUUACUCAGAAAAGAGCUAGAGUGAGAUAAACAACAAAAAUGAAGGUGGGGUUAAAAGGCUUUUAUCCCUCCCUCCUCCCCCAAUGGAGUUUUCUCCUUUCCUUUUUUGCUACUAUUAUGAUUUUAGCUUCGAUGGUAUUUUUUUCUUAAUCAACUAUCAAUGUAUGUUCUACCAAAUUCUGAUGAUUAUAUAAGGGGUUCCAUCUAA